AUGGCGUGGUACAGAGAGAACGUCCUCUGGAAGAUCGAAAAAGCAUUCGCUGCGGGAUACGAUCCCACGCUCGCGCUCAGCGCAAACGCCACGGGGAAAUCUGGACGCUCGCGCGCCGGAGCUAGUGGCGGGGAACGCACGCGGCACAUUCAGGGUGCUUCAAGGUCGACGCAGCACGUACGACGCGGCCAGCAGGAUGAGAUCGACAGCGCCAUCCAAGGGAAGGAAGUCGGACGCUACUUUGUACUGCUCGGUCCCAAGGGGACGGGGAAGACGAAGAUGAUCCUCGACGCUAUGCGAACGGUGGACGCCGAAGGCGUCGCCAUGUGCGAUAUGCAUUGUGACCUUGAGGUCUUUCGAGUGCGCCUCGGAAAGGCAUUGAACUACCAGUACAGUGAAGACACACAGGCAGGGCUUUUCUACAGGAGGGUUCCGCGGGAAGGCGGUGCUGCCAUGGACAUUGAGCGUGCUUUGAACAAGCUCGAAAAGGUGGCCCUUCGAAACCUGCAGAAGACGCAGAAGCCCCUCGUCCUCGUACUCAAUAAUGUGCACUACUUAAGUCACAACGAAGAUGGACGGAACAUGCUGUCACAGCUCCAGCAAAGAGCCGAGGCGUGGGCCGCAAGUGGUAUCUUGACAAUGGUGUUCAGCUCAGAUGACUUUUGGCCUUUCUUCAUGAUGCGCCAACAGGAAAGUAGGAUGCAUGUCAUCUCGGUUUAUGAUUUGUCCACCGAGGAGGCGCGGAACGCAGCACAGAGCAUGUGCUUAAACGCCGGGAAAAGGCCGCAGUCCCCCGAGGCACUCACCGAACUCGUGCAAAUAGUUGGGGGCCGCCUCACAUACCUUGAAAAGGCGGCUCGCUCGUCUGACAUGGUGGGGCGCGCAAAGGAUUUCCUCACCGAUGAGAAGGUGUGGCUGCUGGGCCAGAUUGGUCUUAUUCCUGACUGCGACGAUGAUAUGGUGGAGGAGCAGAAACGGAGCUCGUCUGCUUGGGUCCUGCUCCGCGAGUUCGUGCGCAAGCAUAAGAAGGAAACCGAACGCGUUCAAGCGGCGGUCGCGCGGGGCGAGAUGGAAGAGAAAGAGCUGCACAAGAUCCCGCUACCCCGUCUUACCUACGACGAAUGCCGGCAGAUUAUGGCCCGCCCUGAUUUUAUGGACGAACUGGACCGCAAGAAUAUCAUCACCAUUGACACCCACCACAAUGUUACACCCGACUCCUGGCUCAUUUUUCACGCGGCCGAGCAAGUGGUUAGUGGAGACCUAUUCGACGAACGUUUGGACAGUGUGCGGAGCAGAGUCGUAGAAAUUGAAAUACAGCGUCGCACCAGGGAGCUCGGUUUCAAGGAUGUGGACUCAGGCGGCCGCGUGCAGUUCACGAUCGACAAGGGCGACGGACCUGUACUCUAA